AUAGAGCGAUUGGUGUGAUCAGUUAAUGGGAAUGCCACCUGAGCAGGUUUCUCAGCAGGGUCAGGACUCCUAAUGCUAGAACUCUCAGAGAAGAUCAAGUGGGAGGGACAGCUGGCGGGCAUGUCAUUAGGGUGGAAGUAUUGAUAUUUUGGCUGUGGAUCUGGGAGUUGACCUGUCUGCUUAGUGGACUUGCACCACCCCUGUCCGUCGCUGUUCUCGUAGGACUUUGAAUAAAGAAUUCCAUGAUGCCUCGAGCCCGUCUUUGCUCUCUGUGUCUUCUUACACUUUAUUUGGUAACUGGAUAUGGCCAAGAGGGGAAGUUUAGCGGCCCCCUGAGGCCCAUGACGUUUUCUAUUUUUGAAGGCCAGGAACCGAGUCAAAUCAUAUUCCAGUUUAAGGUCAAUCCUCCUGCUGUGUCCUUUGAACUAACUGGGGAGACAAACAACACAUUCAAGAUAGAACCAGAUGGACUUCUGUAUCUCAUCAACCCCCUGGACAGGGAAACAAGAUCUAUUUACAAUCUCCAGGUUGCGGCUCUGGAUGCUCAUGGAGCUAUAGUUGAGGGCCCCGUCCCCAUCACCAUAGAAGUGAAGGACAUCAACGACAACCGGCCCAUGUUCCACCAGCCGAAGUACGAAGGCUCAGUAAGGCAGAACUCUCGCCCAGGAAAGCCCUUCAUGUAUGUCAAUGCUACAGACCUGGAUGAUCCGGCCACUCUCAAUGGCCAGCUUUUUUAUGAAAUUGUCAUCCAGCUGCCCAAGAUCAACAAUGUCAUGUACUUUCAGAUCAACAACAAAACAGGGGCAAUCUCACUUACCCAAGAAGGGGCUCAGGAAUUGGAUCCUGCUAAGAACCCUUCCUACAAUCUGGUGGUCUCAGUGAAGGACAUGGGAGGCCAGUCUGAGAAUUCCUUCAGUGAUUCCACGUCAGUGGAUAUUACGGUGACGGAGAAUAUUUGGAAAGCCCCAGAACCUGUGGAGAUAGUAGAAAAUUCCACAGACCCUCACCCCAUCAAAAUCACUCAGGUGCAGUGGAAUGAUCCAGGUGCACAAUAUUCCUUAUUUGAAAAAGAGAAGCUGCCAAGAUUCCCAUUUUCAAUUGACCAGGAAGGAAAUAUUUAUGUGACUCAGCCCUUGGACCGGGAAGAAAAGGAUUCGUAUGUUUUUUAUGCGCUUGCAAAAGAUGAGCACGGAAAACCACUUUCAUACCCUCUGGAAAUUCGUGUAAAAGUUAAAGACAUUAAUGAUAACCCGCCUGCAUGUCCAUCUGCAGUGACUGUAUUUGAGGUUCAGGAGAAUGAACAACUGGGUAGCAGUAUUGGGACUUUUACUGCCCAUGACAUGGAUGAAGAGAAUACUGCCAACAGUGUUUUAGGGUACAGAAUUGUGGCGCAAACUCCCCAAAUUCCCCUGGAUGGACUCUUCUUGGUCCAAACCUAUUCGGGAGUGUUCCAGUUAGCUAAAAGAUCCUUGAAAAAGCAAGAUGCUCCUCAGUACAACUUAACGGUAGAGGUGUCCGACAAAGAUUUCACGACCCUCUGUGCUGUGCAAAUCAAUGUUAUUGACAUCAAUGAUCAGAUCCCCAUCUUUGAAAAAUCAGAUUAUGGAAGCGUGACCAUCCCUGAAGACACAAAAGUCGGGUCCAUCAUCUUAACCAUCCAGGCCACUGAUGCUGAUGAGCCAUUCACGGGGAGUUCCAAAAUCCUGUACCGUAUCACAGAGGGAGACAGUGAGGGACGACUGGGCGUUGACACAGAUCCCCACACCAAUGCUGGAUAUGUCACAGUCAAAAAGCCUCUUGACUUUGAAACAGCAGCUGUUUCCAACAUUGUUUUCAAAGCAGAAAAUCCUGAGCCUCUGGUUCCUGGUGUAACAUACAAUGAGAGCUCUUUUGCCAAGUUCACGCUUAUCGUAACAGAUGUGAAUGAAGCACCUCUGUUUUCCCAAUAUACAUUCCAAGCAAGAGUGAGUGAGGAUGUGGCCACAGGCACAAAACUGGGCAAUGUGACUGCCAAGGAUCCGGAAGGCCUAGACAUCAGGUAUUCACUGAGAGGUGACACGAGAGGCUGGCUUAAAAUUGACCCUGUCACUGGCGAGAUCUUCAGCGCGGCUCCACUAGACAGGGAAGCUGAAAGUGUGUAUCGGGUAAAAGUGGUGGCCACUGAAGUAGGCGGGUCCUCCUUGAGCGCAGUGUCAGAUUUCCACCUGACGCUUAUGGAUGUGAACGACAACCCCCCACGGCUAGCCAAGGAGUACACGGGCUUGUUCUUGUGCCACCCGCUCAGUGCACCUGGAAGUCUCAUUUUCGAAGCCACUGAUGACGAUUGGCAGUCAUUUCGGGGUCCCCAAUUUACAUUUUCCCUCGCCAGCGAAAGCUUACGGAAGCACUGGGAAGUUUCCAAAAUCAAUGGCACUCAUGCCAGACUCUCCACCAAGCACACGAGCUUUGAGGAGCGCGUUUACGAUGUCCCGAUCCGCAUCAAUGAUGGGGGCCGGCCACCUUUGGAAGGCACCGUCUCUUUACCAGUUACUUUCUGCACAUGUGUGGAGGGCAGGUGUUUCCGGCCAGUGGAUCGCCAGCCUGGGAUACCCACUGUGGGCAUGGCAGUUGGUAUACUGCUGACCACCCUCCUGGUCAUUGGUAUAAUUUUAGCAGUUGUGUUUAUCCGCAUGAAGAAUAAAGACAAAGAUAAUGUUCCAAGUGCUCAGGCAUCUGAAGUCAGACCUCUGAGAAGCUGAAUUUGAAAAGGAAUGUUUGAGUUUAUAUACCAAGUGCUAUUUUAAUAACAAUUGUCUAAUCCUAUAAUAUUACUUUUCAUCCAACACGUGCACUGUAACUUCUUACAGAUGUUCCCCCUUGCCCUUUAAUAUUUUACUCCUCCUAGAUAGUUCAUGUGCUAUAGACAUUAGAGACAUUUUUUCAUUUUUCCCAUGACAUUUUUCCUCUCUAAAAAGCCUUAGCUACUUAUCUAAACCCAAAAAUAUAUGUGUUUUUUCCCUUUCGGGAAAAGAUGGGCUGAUUAAAUAUUCCGUACACUUCUUCCCUUCGUCAAGGAGGGAUAGCAGCUGUCUACCACAGAACUUCCCAGAUUCCAUUUAUGCUUUUCCCGAUUCUAAUCCUGUGUCCUUUCAUCCACGUCUCCCUUGGUUAUGUCACCGAAUUUAGGACAUUUGUCAAAGAACAAAGUAGCGUUUCAGGGGAAAAAAAAAAAAAAACAACCUUGUCCUUCAGCAUGGACACAAACGCUUCUGUGUCACUAACCUUUAACCAACAUGGCGCGUGCUGCUCUGCGGUCCAGGCUCUUCAGCCCGGGAACAGCACGGACCCUCGGGAGCUGCUCGGAGGCAGUCGCCACCUUCAUCGACCUCAGGGGGAGCAAGCGGCUGACCGGGCUUACUCACCGCCUGCCAUGCUUACAUGCUACGCAUGUUUUAUUUGUAUAUUAAUAAAAUUUGGGUUAUUAUAUAUUUAAUGUGUGGAGGAAAAUAAGAGAGCAUGAAAGGAAUAGAGACCAAAAUCAAGAAUAAAUGUUGGUUGUGGCUGUUUUUGUUUCA